AUGGAGCGGGAGCAGCUUCUCCGCGCUCUCCAUGCGACCACAAAUGAAGCGGACGCCAAGCAGGCCGGCGACUACUUGGAAAGCUGCACAAAAUUGCCCGGAUUCACGCCGGAGCUGCUCAAAAUCGUCGUCUCCCAAGACCUGCCGGACGACCUGCGCCCCUCAGCCCUCCGACAGGCCGCUGUGAUCUUCCUGAAGAAUACGAUCAUCAAAUACUGGGGGCCCAACGACGUUGGCGAGGAUAAGGAGAAUCAGCAAGAAUACACCAUCUUGGACCAAGACAAGACGUUCGUGCGUGAGAAUAUUGUCGAAGCCAUCUGUUUCGCUCCAAAUGUUGCCAAGGUUCACCUCGCGAACAUGGUGCAGACUAUUCUUCGUGUCGACUUCCCGGACCGCUGGCCGAACCUCACGCAAAAGCUCGUCGAGCUGCUCGGAAGCCAUGACGCGGCCAAGAUGCACGCCUCUCUUCUGGUCAUCUACAAGAUCGCCAAAGUUUACGAGUAUCGUCGGGCUAAAGAAAGAAUUCAUCUGGUUGAUUCGAUGAAGCACAUGCUGCCCCUGAUCUAUACAUCCUUCCAAGGCCUUUUGCCGAAUCCCUCCGAGGAAUCCGUGCUGCUCCAAAAGAUCAUCCUGAAAAUUUUCUUCGCUUUGAUCCAGUUUUCGUUGAAUUUGGACAUGCUGCCGAUUGAAGUGCUGGAUCCAUGGCUUACUACCGUACAACAAGUUAUCGAGCGGCCAGUGCCCCCAGAAGUAGCCUCAAUCGAGGACAAGGACGAAGCCGCGCAUACCGUCUGGUGGAAAGCCAAGAAAUGGGCCGCCAAGAUUUUGGAGAGGAUUUUUGAUAGAUAUGGAGCCCCAGGCCAGGUCGAGAAAGGAUAUGCUGAAUUCGCCAACCAUUUCAUCGGCAAGUUCGCCAUCCCUUGCGUGGAGGCUUUCUUGAGGGUUUUGGAAGCAAAACGACAGAACCAAAUCGUAUCCGAUCGCGUCCUGCACCUUGCCAUCAAUUUCCUGAAUACGGCUGUCUCCCACGCUACCACCUGGAAGAUCAUCAAGCCACAUAUGCUGGAUGUUGUCAAACUUGUCCUCUUCCCAUUGCUCUGCCACAGCGACGAGGACGAGGAGCUCUGGGACGAAGAUGUCCAAGAAUACAUUCGAUUUAAAUUUGAUAUUUUCGAAGAUCUGCACAAUCCGGCCUAUGCAGCGGGCGCCUUGUUGACGGGUAUUAGCAAGAGAAAGGAUACGAUGCAGCCUCUACUCGGAUUUAUCAUCCAGAUUCUUUCUUCUUCGCAAAACCCGCGGGAGAUCGAGGGAGCCCUACAUAUGGUUGGCGAGCUUUCAACCCAGCUCUGCAAGUCCAAAAAGUACAAGAAAGACGUCGAGAAACUCAUCGAGGCACAUAUCACGCCCAGGAUCCUCGCCGAACAGCGAUUUGUUCGUGCUCGGGCCGCUUGGUGCAUCAAGUCCUUCUCCGGCGCCAACUUCCAGCACAAGAGUUAUUUGAAUAAGAUCGUCCAAAGCAUCGUACAAUGCCUCAUCAACGACACUGAGUUGCCAUGCAAGGUUGAAUCGGCUCUUGCUCUACAGUAUCUCCUCAAUGAUCAGGGAGAAACAGUUCAAACCAUGUUACGCCCGUUGGUCAAGGAUGUAAUUCCGAAAGUGCUGGAGCUCGUAGCAAAGACACAGAUCGAGGAGAUCUGUGGUGUUAUGGAUCAGCUCAUUGAAGAUUUUAUGGAUGAAGUGAUCCCGAUCGCCACCAAGCUCUCCGAGACUUUGAGCAACAUGUUCGUGGAAGUCAUCUCCCAGGACGAGAUUGCCGACGAUCGUGCUCCGACGUUGAUGAGCGUGGUUUCUACACUGUCCAACAUUUUGGACGUGGUAGACGAUCACAAGGACAUCAUGAUGCAAGUCGAAAUGCACGUCACACGAGUCAUUAAAGCGGUCUUCGAAAUGACAAUGAUUGAUUAUUACGAUGACAUCAUCAUGCUCAUGCAGUCCUUGAUCAACAGCUACGUGUCGGAAAUGAUGUGGUCCUUGUUUGGCGAUGUCGUCACCAUCUUCAAGGAGACGAACAAUGUCUACAUUCUUUUCAGCGAUGUGAUGCCGCUUUUCCAUCAAUAUUUGGUGACGGAUACUGAGGGUUUCCUGGCUCGCCCAGAACGGCUGAAUGCAUGCUUCGAGAUGUGCCAGCUUGUGCUCCAGGACAGUGAUCAAGGAGAUGAGAACCAAGUGCACGCCGCCAAGCUCCUUGAAUGUUUAUUGUUGCAAUGCCAAGGUGCCGUGAACAGUGCCAUCCCCGCAAUUAUCGUCCUCGUUCUGCAGCGCCUCAGCCAGCCGUUCGAAGGGCUUACCGAGCUCAAGCCAAUGCUGAUUGUGGUGCUCAUCGCCGCCGUCUACACAAACGUCGAGGUCUCGAUCAACACCUUCAAGGAGAUUGCUCCCCAGCACUCGAACCCCCUCGACUUUUUGACUGAAGAGAUGAUCAACAUCACUCUCUCGCUAGAGGGAAUCCACAGCCGCAAAAUGGUCAUCUUUGCCUGGUGCACCCUGCUUCGACUGCCAGCUUCGGCCCGGCCCACACUCAUCAACUAUGAGCCGACAAAGAUCAUCGAGGUUUGUAUCGCCGUCUUCGAGGGUCUCGAAAAGGCGAUGAAACUGCAAGCCGAAAACGCAAAGUUCGAAGAGGAGGAUAGUGACGAAGAGAGCGAUGACGACGAAGACCUGCCAAAGCGAAGUGCUAAGAAAGGUGGCGGCAACAAGCAUCGUGACAUGGACCAGGAUUUGGCCGAUUCGGAGGAUGAGAUUGAUGAGGGCACUUUGCAAUAUUUGCAAACGUUGGCCAAGCAGCACAAGAGCGUCGCCAGCGGCAGCGAGGCCGACGAUUCAUCUGCUGAUGAAGACAGCGGCGAUGAAUACGAGGUUGACGAGACGGAAACGGAGGCCUACCUGACGCCCGUUGACACCGAUGACAGCUCGCAGGAUCCCUUCGUUAUGUUCAAGAAAACGAUGGAAGAAUUCGAGCAAAAGGAGCCGGCCCUCUUCAACCAGAUGAUCGGCCCUCUGGAUGUAGCCGCUCAAAACUGCCUGCGAAAACUUAUCAUGACUUGUGCCCAGCACGCCCAACACGAGGAGUCCAAGAAACUCGAACAAGCCGGCGGUUACGAUUUUGCUCAAACUGAUGUCCCUACUGCCUUCAACUUCACCCACAUGGCGGCCAACAAGGGACAGGAGGCGAUGAAAAAGAUCCUCCAAAAUUCGCGAGGAGCGGGUGUCGGAGUCGGGCUCAUUGCGGCUGCCGGCGCGGCAGUCUAUGGAGUUUCGCAGGCACUUUUCACAGUUGACGCUGGUCACCGUGCUAUCAUGUUCAACCGUAUCGGCGGCGUCGGCACCGAUAUUUACAAAGAAGGGCUCCACUUCCGUGUACCAUGGUUCCAGUACCCGAUCGUGUACGAUAUUCGCGCUAGGCCGAAUCAGGUCCGCUCCCCGACUGGAUCGAAGGAUCUCCAGAUGGUAAACAUUGGCCUUCGUGUCCUUUCGCGCCCAGACCCAAAUCAUCUCCAGAAGAUCUACCGUACCCUUGGGCAAAAUUGGGAGGAGCGCGUGUUGCCUUCAAUUUGCAAUGAGGUCCUAAAAUCGGUCGUUGCCAAGUUCAACGCUUCGCAAUUGAUCACUCAACGUCAACAGGUCUCUCUUCUCAUCCGAAAAAGGCUUAUCGAGCGCGCCCUUGACUUCAACAUUAUUCUCGAUGACGUUUCGUUGACGGAGCUGGCUUUCUCUCCUCAAUAUUCCGCGGCCGUCGAGGCCAAGCAGGUUGCCGCUCAAGAAGCUCAGCGUGCCUCUUUCCUUGUGGAGCGCGCUCUGCAACAAAAGCAGGAGAAGAUUGUCCAGGCCGAAGGAGAGGCCGAAUCCGCUAAAUUGCUGGGACAAGCCCUUCGUGGUGAUCCGGGUUACCUGAAGCUCCGGAAGAUCGCUGCCGCACAGACCAUCUCCAAGACGAUGGCUGAAGGCUCCAACAACAAGAUCUACAUUCCCUCUGGCAGUCUUAUGCUCAACAUUGCCGAGGAGGACUUCUUUGACAUGAACACUGGUAAAAAACGC